ACUGUACAUGGUUUAUUUACCAAAUAUAUUAAUAAAACAGCGCUUACUAUUUUUUAUUUAAUACUGGGUGUGCAGAUAUUGUAUUUGCGUUCUAUAUGAGCUCGUGAAGCAUGUUUAUAUUAUUGUCAACAGAAAAGUAGCGAUAUUGGCAAUAGUUGUUCUAAUUAAGCAAGAGAAAUUGAUUAGUACAUUUGUACGUGUUCAAUUUAACCAGAGAAAUUAACCAUUGUGUUCCUCGGAAUGCAGAACCUCUGAGGAUGAAUAGCCCAGCCCUAAAUAAAAGAUACAUAUAAUUCUUGCCUAUCAGAAUCUUGCCUGUUAGCAGACUUCUGAAGCUGUAACACUACAGUGUCCUUGUAAUGUCUGAACGAAAUUCCCCAGCCAAAAAGAGACCGCGAAGGAGCCUAUCGAUUACCAAGAACAAGAAAAGUGGCAAAGAAGUGGCAAGACCCACAGCUCAGAAAACUGCUUCCAUUGUUUCAUUUUUCAACAGUACCCCGCCAGCUAAGCUUGCCUGCCCCAUGUGUGGGCAGAUGGUGCCGAGAUUUUGGAUAAACGAACACAUUGACAAGCAGUGCCAGAAAUUCACGAAUGAUGAUGGUGAUGAUGUCAUUUUUGUAAACUCUGUGAGUAAGAACGCUUUUGAGAAAGGCUCAAGCCAAGAGGCCAUUUUGAAAUCUCCAAGAAGCCCUGAGAAGGUCGUGGACCACAAGGCCAGUUCAAGUUCAAGUCCAAACCGAGAUGCUGCCUCUGAGUGUGCUGUCAAGGAUAAACAGGCUAGCCCCUAUUUUAAAAAUGAUUUUCUUUCACAGAAAACAGAGGCAUGUACAGCUAAGGUUGUUCGAACUAUUCAUCUGGGAUGCCUGGCUUCAAAGUUAUCAAGAAAGACUCAAAGACAAAACUCCAACCAACACUCCAAGGAAGCUUUGCCAGAAGCCCAAAAACAGGUUGGCAGCUCUUCAGAAGGGACUGGUGACGCCUGUGCUUUGAACAGCUCUCUGAAAGAAAAACAUUGCGAUGAGCCUUUAGAUGUAAUGCCUGGGUGCUCCUCAGAGGACGCUACAUUGAACGAUCUUGAUAUGAUGGAGUUGCCUUCACAGAAUAAAACUGAAAGAAGGAUCCUAACUGAAGUGCUGAAUGCUGAGGUGUCUUCGUCAUCUUCGUUACCAUUAGCAGCUCCAGCUUCACGUCAGCCGGUCAGUGUAUCCCGAUUGAACAAGUGCAAGAGAAAGCUCAAUGCGAACAACAGUCCUGAUGCAUCUGUAUUGGCACACAGCAGCAGUACAGCUGAGAUCAGCUGUAAAAGAGGGCGAUCCGAAGAAAAACCAGCAACAGGUUUAUCUGCAAAUAGUGACAGUCUUAAACCUACUAAUCAGGAUGAAAAUGCUUCUGCUGCGAUAUCGUCUAUGGAAAUCUCAAAGUUUCCUGGUUCUGCAGAAACUGAUCAGUUUAAUAACUUUGACACAGUUGACAGCCAGGUUGAUACAGGGGUAACAGUCAAGAUAGACCAAGGAGAGGGUAAUAGGAACCUUGUUCAAGAGGCCUCCAGGCUCCCUUAUUACCUCCGCAACUUCCUGACAGUGCUACAGGCAGUGCUGGAGAACGAGGACGACAGGCAGCUCUUCAAUGAAGAUGACAUCCAGAGCAUCAGCUUGUUUCAGCAGCUAUCAGCUGCGGGACAGAAGCUGUAUGUGAGGCUGUUCCAGAGGAAGCUGAACUGGCUGAAAGUGAAUAAGCUUGAGUACUCUGAGAUUGGUUCUGACCUGGCACCUGUAAUCAAAGAACUUGUACAAAAUGGCUUUCUGCAGAGAGAAUCCGAGCUGCAGGAUAUCUCCGAAGUCCUGGAGUUGCUUUCUGCCCCUGAACUAAAGACUCUGGCAAAGGCUUUUCACCUGGCCAACCCCAACGGGCAGAAGCAGCAGCUGGUGGAGGGCUUCCUGCGGCUGUCCAGGCAACGCUCGCUCUUCAGCUUCAGCAACAAGCAGCCUGGCACUGGGGCAGUGAUCCUGAGGAGGGCUAAGGAGCUGGCGGGCGUGUGUGUGCGGGUGUGCAAGGGGCCCCGCGCUGUCUUCUCCCGGGUCCUGCUCCUCUUCUCUCUCUCAGACUCUGUUGAGGACGAGGAGACGGGUAGCGGGGGCCAGGGCCAGCUCUACACCGUGCUCAUGGUCAACAUGGGCCGCAUGUCCUUCCCAGACUACACCGUCCACAGGGAAAGCAAGAUCUUCCAGGACAGGGAGGAUCUCAUCAGGUAUGAGACAGCAGUGCACAUGCUGAAUGACGUGAUGGCUGCCAUGCUGAACGGACACUGGGACGAGGCGAAUCUGCUCUUCCAGACUGCUAAAGCUGCCUGGCAGGAACUGAGCACAGCGACUGAGCUGAGGUACUAUGAAAAGCUGCCUGUGUACCUGCGCUGCUUCACUGCCGGCUGGAUCUACACCCGCAUCCUCUCCCGGGGUGUGGAGAUUCUCCAGAGGCUGCGCAUGUACGAGGAGGCUGUGGAAGAGCUGCAGAAUCUCCUGUCGCAGUCUACCUAUUGUCUAGACAGCAGGGGGCGCUGGUGGGACCGCCUGGCUCUCAAUUUACAACAACAUCUGAAACGCACAGAGGAGGCAAUUAGUUGCAUCAAAGAAGGGCUGUCCGAUCCACUGGUACGAACAGGGCAUCAGCUGGCUCUGUACCAGCGAGCAGUGAGGAUGAGAGAGUCUCCGAGCUGCAAAAAGUUCAGACAUCUUCUGAAGGAUGUGCCAGCUAUAGAAGUGAAGGAUGUCACUCAUGUGACAAUCCGAGGAAAGUUGUGCCCUCAUGCAGGGAUGGGGAAGUCUGUUUUCCUGAUGGAGGGGGCGGCCCAGCCCAGAGGGGGAAGCAGGGAAGAGGGUGACUCCACUGCCACGGUCAUGUGCUCCGUGGAGGAACUGGCACUGGCUCAUUACCACCAGCAGGGCUUCGAUCAGGGGAUUCAUGGAGAGGGGUCUACGUUUUUCACACUAUGCGGCCUCCUAAUGUGGGAUAUCAUAUUCAUGGAUGGGAUAGCAGAUGUUUUUAGAAAUCCCUAUCAGGCGUGUCCGCUGGACCUUCACACCGACUGUUUCUAUGAGAACAGGAGAGAACCGAUAGAGUCCCGGCUGCAGCUGCUUCAGGAGGCCUCCACAGAGACCCUGCAGACUCUCAUUGCCGACACCUGGAACUCCCAGCAUGGAAAGGCAGCUGCACUGGUGAGCUGGGAGCGAUUCUCCUCACUACAGCAAGCGCAGAGUCUGGCUGUUUGCUUUGGAGGCCCCUUCCUGAGUGGGGUGAUGAGAAGGAUGUGUAAAGAUUACAGGCACUGCAGAGGAGGACUCCCUGACCUGGUGGUGUGGGAGACUCAGAACAACACCUACAAGUUGGUGGAAGUGAAAGGCCCAAAUGACCGGUUGUCCCACAAACAGAUGAUCUGGUUGCAUGAGCUACAGCAGCUGGGAGCGGAGGUGGAAGUGUGCCAUGUUACUGCCAUUGGAGCCCGGAGCACACGACUAACCUGAACUGCAUUAAAGGGAUCUGAAUAUAAGGGGCGCCAUUACUAUAUAUUAUUGGUUAUGAAAUCGUAUCUCAAGUUGGUUGCUGCAUGAAUAAUAAACUAUCCUUAUGUGUUUUACUCUCCGAUUUACUAAACCCAGUAUCCAUUGUGUAUAUUGUAAUUGUAAAAACUGCAUAUUUAAAUAAUUAAUAAACCAUUUAAUAGUAA